CGGUCCUUGGCGCGUGGUUUUCGAUCGAUCAGAGAUUUGCGAGUCUUGGUGGAAGUGAAUCCAAUGAGGCGGAAUUUUCGUAAAAAAAAAGUUUGCAGCCAACGCGAGAGCAGUCAGUGUCGGGACCUAGCAGGCGGCAGGUGCAUGGUUGCGACGGUGUAUCGGCAGUACUCGUGCAUUGGAUUCCCAGAAAAAGGAUGCGAGUCAGUCGCGGCGACGUGACUCGGCGGGGUCAUCGCCCUCCUUAGUGUUUUACCGUAGACCUGUGUUGGGAGGUGAGGUCAGGUUGGGGCUGUGAGCUACUCUCGUGGAUUUGUGAGUGUGAGCGUCUGGUUGUUAGCGCGGUUGUGGUGGAUGAGAGCAGUGGCGUCUCCGACUAUGGUGGAUGGCACGUGGCUGGGGAACGAAGGUCGAAAGAAGUUGACGUGAGCUCGAAGAGCUACAGGGUUCUGAUGUUGGAUAUCCGGCAGUCGCAGUCACAGCUCCCUCUACUGAGGGAGGUCUCUGCCUUGCAGAAGAUUCGCACUUUGCAAGACCCUGGGACGAGCUCUUCCAUUUCCGCCGGGAGCUCAGCUGGUGGCAGGAAAAAGGCGAAAACGAGAACUUUCAUCGGCGAUCCUCAUGAAGAUGCUCAAGCACUGGCCAUGGAGCUUUCUGGAAAACUUGUGAAGACUGCGAAAUUUCCCAUUCGGAGCCAUGGCGGGAUCAGCCGAGCUCCGAAAGCAUCACAAAGACGAGCAGAGUCCAAAAAUGUUACAGUAGAUAAGUUACAAAAGUCCAGAGGGUUGAAGAAGAUGGCAUCCGAGAAGGACGAUGGCGAAGGUGGGGGUAGUAAGUUUAUAGAUCCUACAGCGCAGCCCAUGAAGAUGGACGUCAGGGAAAGGAUUAAAAGAUUAGAGUCAGCUUUAGGCGAAUCCAUCUCUACCGUCUCCGGGGAACUGCGGAAAGAAGGUUUGAUCAAGGAGUUGAAGAAGGAGGAGUUGCCAGAUGAUGAUCCGGAAUCCAAUGAGGUUUUCAAGUCGAACGACAGAUGGGAAGGGGAGUCUGCCCGGCGAGAAGAGUUCACACGGAAGGUCAAUUCUCUCUCGCAGCUUCUGGGAAAUCAUCAGCAGGAAAGUAGUCGGAGCCAACGCAAUUUGCUGGCCAUGGCAGACGAUGAAGACCGUCCAAAUAAUUUCGAGGGUGAGAGUUUGUUCGAGAGUGACGAAGAGGAGCUUAGCCCUAUGGAGAUGGAAAUGUCCCGAGCUCACGAAGCAUCUCCUCUGCACAGGGCUGGGUUGUCUCGCACCAAAGAGCAGCUGAGUAGCACUCACCAUGACCGGAAGAAACUUGCGUUUGCACGCCCAAGGGAGAGGAGUGACAGCAUUGGCCGCCCCCAAGGCGGAAAAUCAUCUGCUCGAUUCAGAAAGCCGCCUGCAUCAAUUAUCCUUGACGACGACCUGGCUUUCGCCGAGCUACUUGCACAAAGGGGAUCUGGAAUCCCCUGGGAUUGGUCCCGGAGUCAAGAGUAUGGUGGCAAAGACUUCUUCGGCAUGACAGAAUUGGCAGGUGCGGUUUCGGAGUCGAAACCCCCGCGUAGCGUCGACGUGAACGUCCCAACAGCUGAGCACCACUUCCCGUCGCAGUCGAUCUCAUCUCUGGACUCAGAUGCCAAUGCGUUACCACUUUUAAUCGGCGAGGACGCACGCUACAGUGACCUGGGUGGAUACUACAUCGAAACGAGGUCUCAGGUGGUGCCGCAGAACCUCAAGGGCAGCGGUAAACGCAAGGCGUCGCUUCAACAUGCCGUCAAGGACGUCCCCAUUUUGCAGACAGCCUCUACCAGUCAUUCUGAGGGGCCUCGGACGCUCAAUCAGAAGUACAGGCCGAAAAAUUUCAACGAGAUUGUAGGUCAGAACGUGGCGGUAAAAUCUUUGUCGACCGCAAUUGUGAAAGGGAAAGUGGCGCCGGUGUAUUUGUUCAUGGGCCCCCGAGGUACUGGGAAGACGUCGGCUGCGAGGGUUUUCGCAGCGGGACUGAACUGCUUGUCGCCUGAUCGUGCGAGACGACCAUGUGGGAUAUGCCGAGAGUGUGGGACAAUGAAACUCAACCGGAGCGCCGAUGUACGACAGAUCGACGCUGCCUCGAAUAUCGACGCGGCGAGCAUGCGCGCUAUGAUGGGGAGCUUCACGCCGCAUGCGCAGUAUAAGGUGUUCAUUGUGGAAGGGUGUGAUUUGCUGAGCUCUGACAUUUGGAAUGCAUUCCUAAAAGUGUUGGAAGAGCCGCCCCGUAAUGUGGUCUUCAUUCUUAUUACCACCGAUGCGGAGCGUAUCCCCUCGACUGCUUUCUCCCGGUGCCAGAAAUUUCAUUUUUCCAAAUUGAAGGAUGCUGACAUUGUAAGUCGACUGGAGUUGUUGGCGACCAAAGAGGAUUUGCACGUCGAGGUAGGGGCAUUGGAUCUCAUUGCGGCGAGAUCGGAUGGGUCACUUCGCGACGCUGAGAUCUUUCUUGACCAGCUCUGUCUCUUGGACAGGAAUGUCUCAAUUUCGUCUGUUCAUGAGCUUGUGGGCUUGCUUCCGAAUAAUAAGACUCUGGAACUGCUAGACUAUGCUCUGUCAGCCGAUGCUGUGCAUACUGUUCGGACGAUGCGUGAGGUUCUCAUCUCUGGCGUGGAGCCUUUGUCGUUGGUGUCGCAACUAGGUGCUCUAAUUACGGAUAUUCUCGCUGGUAGUUUCGAUUUGCAUCAGGAAGCGCGGAAGGAGGGGUUCUUCAAUCGAAAUCUCUCUGUCAAGCAGGAACAUCUCCGGCUCCGAGAAGCGCUGAAAAUUCUUUCGGAAGCAGAGAAGCAGCUGCGCGUGUCGACGGAUCAGGCAACAUGGCUGACAGCUGCGCUUCUACAGUUCGCUCCAGAUCGGUCGUUUCUUCCUUCCGAAAUUAACACAAGUGCAGCGUCAAGUCCUGUUUCAACGGCACCAGCUGUUGAUUACUCUGUGUCAAAAGCAUCACAUCCAUCACUCGACGAACCAGACCAGACCCAAGCUCCAGAGAUUACUGCACAGUCUCAAGCGCUUCAAAUGCAAGUAGAAAACAGGAAGGUUCGUAGUGCUGAAGCGAAGAUUGCGACGUCGUCCGAGAAGAACUCGGAGGAAGCUUGGACUAGGGAGCAGCGUGUUUCCACUGACGGUGUUGCAGAGAGUGCUGAGAUCAGACGUCCGUCUGAGGUCUCUAUGGAGUAUCAGGUGUUUGGAAACGAAGCCUUGGCUGAGCUUUGGAAGCGUGUCAUCCAGCAGCCAAUGAACAGGAAUUUGAAACAUCUUCUGCAGACCCAAGGGCGGCUUGUCGCAGCUGCCGUAUUUGUAGAUGGCACGCGUUCUGUGGUGGAAUUGGAAUUCGAUCAUGCUCGUGACAAGCACAAAGCCGAGCGGUCAUGGCGAAGCAUUUGCAUUGCAUUACAGGCAGUGCUCAGCACAGCCGUGGAGCUCAGAAUUGCCUUGAGCGCGGUCGUGCCUGAAGAUCCCAAUCACGCCCCCACCGGCGAGACGAUCGAUGACAUGCAGCCUGGUCCAUCAACUGAACCCAAGAACAAGGGGAUUGUUGACGAAGGUGCCAAUGCUGACGUCCAAAUGGCAGUUCCGCCACGGAGUCGUCGAAGACGAGGUGCCAAAACUCGAAGGCGCCAUCACGCCAUCGAGAUCCAGGAGACGGAGGUCGGGGCUACCCAAGAGAGUUCGGAAAUCAGUGGUAUCAAUCUUCGCCGACUACCACCGAGACGGAGACGCAAGGCGAAGCGGUCCGGCGGUGUCAAACUCACUAAGCAAGUCAGUCUGGACAUAGGUCUGGAUUAUCGUCAAGGCUCCAGCAGUUUCGGUGGUGAGGUUUGGGAUUCUGGGGUAGGUUCAAUGGAAAUGAAAUCGUGCGAAAAGAAACCGUUGAGUACCAUGAUGGAGGAACCCCAGAGUGAGAUUGAGGACCUCCAAUCAGCAAAACAAAAAAUUCUGAAGCAGCGAGCGAUGCAGUAUCGUAACAACCCUGCCUUGAUGGCAACAAUCGAACAACGGAAUAGCCUGUUUGCAGAUCUUCAACGUGGGCUUCCGAUUGAAGGUUCCUUUUGUUGGAAAAGGGAGACGCCUAAGUCUGAAUUCUUAAUGCGAAAGAUGACGGUGAAGAGCGUGCGGAAGGCUUCAGGCUCGGCACUCCUCCUCAAAUGGGUUCCUUGCAGGACUACCAGAAUCGGUAGGGAUGCCGCACCACCUCUAGCGGCGCCUAUUUCUGCUGCUUAACUUGCUUCUGCUGCACACCCGUAAGUUGAACUUCUGGAAGUCGACAACUUAUCGAUCUGUAGCACCGAUGGAGUUCCUGCACUAUCUUCUGGGGGAACCAGUCUCGAAGUGCCGGAGCCUCAACUUCGGACCUCACAUUCCGGCUCUGAUGAAUGCAACUAGGACAUCAUGCUUUACUUCCGAGUAUGUUCAGUUCUGGGCAUGCGUGAUGACGAGUUUGUCCACAUCUUGACUCCGGAGAAGAGUCCAACUGGGCGUCGUGGAGCUAAUCGGAAAAACUGUAUUGGAUGGAGUUGUUGAUCGGAGAGGAAGAGUAAGUCGAUCCCUGGCUAACUCCCUUACAUUCACAUCAUUCAACUUCCACGUCCGAAUUCCUGAGAGAAGUCGCAUGUAUAAUAGCAAAGCUGCCCAGUGUAUAUCAUUAUUCUGAACCGAUGGAAUAAGAGCUUCAAUAACAACACUGGAGCUCAGACUCAUCGAAUGGUGCGAUAAGUGUAGUGCAGCGUGUUGGGUGAUGCGUUGCAUAGUGGACCGCAUGGUAGGGGUUGAUAGGCAUUCUUUUGGAAAAAAGGUCUCCGUCAGGUAAAAAACUUCAGUUCUAGUGCCAGCUAUUUAGUCUCAUUAAUGGCAGUGAAAAGUUUUCAGUUUUGAGCCUACAUCCAUCAGUAAUUUGAUCAAAAUAUGAAUUUUUUAUUAAUACAACAACGUCAAUACUGUUAGUGA